UUAGACGAUCAUCUCAUUCUCUGGCCACUGACAUGUUUGAGCAGCACCUAGGGGCACACCUCCUUCAGGUAACGACCACAGCACCUUUGGAAUUUAUCUGCGCUCUAAGGGGGGUCCGGGGUUUUGAUUGGUGUGUGUGUGUGCGCGCGCUCGUUCUUCAGGUGGAGCUGACUGGCAGCAGCGUGUUUGACUACAUUCACCCGGCGGACCACGUGGAGAUGGCCGAGCGGCUGGGAAUCAGGCCGCACCUGCGGGCCGAGGCGGGCUGCCACACCGGGCCCGAGAGCGCCUCCAGCUCCGCCUCCACCUCCUCCCUUGCUGGUACACCUGAACCUGCUCCGUCCAGUCCACACUCUCCCGCCGACGAAUCUCCAGACCGAGGCUUCUUCAUCCGCAUGAAGUCCACGCUAACUAAGAGAGGCCUGCACGUCAAGUCUUCUGGCUACAAGGUGAUCCACGUGACUGGACGGAUCCGCUGUCGCCCCGCGCUCGUCCCGGGCUCCACGCGCUCAGUCCGCCGCCCGAUGGGCUUAGUCGCACUGGCGCACACGCUCCCGCCCUCCACGCUGAACGAGGUCCGCAUGGAGAGCCACAUGUUCGUCUUCCGAGUCAACAUGGAUCUGCAGAUCACGUACUGCGAGAACAGGAUCUCAGAGUACAUGGAUCUCACCCCGGCAGAGGUGGUAGGACGUACCUGCUAUCACUUCAUCCACGUCGAAGACCUGGAAAAUCUCCGACAGAGCCACGAGGACUUACUGAGGAAAGGCCAGGUUGUGACGGGCUACUAUCGAUGGCUGCAGAGGAGAGGAGGCUACCUGUGGAUUCAGUCCACCGCGACUGUGUCCAUCAACCAUAAAGCUCCCCACGAGCGCAACGUCAUCUGGGUUAACUAUGUCCUGAGUCGAACGGAGCUGCCCGACACUCCCCUGGAUCUGCUGCAGCUACCGGAGAGCAUCAGAGCGGAGCGAAUUCGAGUUAGCUCCUCCCCCUCCGACAGCUCCCCGCAGGCUCGAGGCUCCCAGCCGGCCAAGAGCUCGGUGGGAAAAAGUGACCCUGACACUAAAGGCAGAGAGAAAUUCCCCACCGCCGCCGUCCAGUCCGAAGACAGGAGGAAGCGCCCCCUGAGGUCCGACCCCGAGGGCGCCCCCCCCGAAAGCCGGCGCAGGCUGGAGGAGCUCCGGCAGACGGAGGAGGCGGUGUCGGCCUCCUCGGACAUGGCGAGCGAGAGCGAGGGGGAGGAGGAGGAAGAGGCGGAGUGGGACCAGGUGGGGGACAGCGACAGACUGAAACAGGAGGACAGCGGGGGAGGAGGUAAACAGGGCCGGGGGGGAGACACUCCGACCGGAGGGGAGAGGGCGGGGAAGGCCCACAACGGGCGAGCGGUCAUCCAGCAGCUGAAGAGCGCGGCGACCCCGUCUCCUUUGCCCGGCAGCCCCAGCAUCAAGACUGAGCACGAAGCCCUGACCACCGGGGGGCGCUGGGGAUCCCACGCGCAGACCCCCGCCGCCCACACACACACGUCCCAGGCCCAGCAGUCGCACCCGCACACGCCGGCCAGCAGCCUGAACGGCGACAGCCCCACGACCCCCAUCCCGGACUCCUCGUCCAGCAGCGAGGCGCCGUCCAAAGGCCUGUUCACCCCCCCGUCCCCGGCCAUGUCCCCGGCCAUGUCCGUGUCCUCCCCGCUGCCCCGCGAGGAGAGGCCCGUGUCGGGGCCGGCGGGCCGCGGCGCCGGCUCGGGGAACGGCCCCGACUUCGAGCUGCUCCAGAGACUGGCGGCGGGCGGGGCGGCGGGCCGGGUGCUCUUCCACCCCCUCGCCCUCGGCCCGCAGGGCCCCCAGAGCCUGUACGCCCCCAGCACCAUCCGCUACGCCCCGCCCGAGCUGCCCCCCUCCCACCACCACGGCGCCGGACACAACGAUGGCCUGCAGCUACGCUCGGACCACCACAAGGGACCCCCGCCGGCCUUCUUCCCCCACCUGCAGCGGCUGGCCGGCCUGCCCCCCUUCAGCGGUUUCUCCCCGUCCGACAGCCCUUUCUCCUCCAGCCUCCCCUUCUGUAUGAAUGGACUGAGGGGGGCCGCGGGGACAGAAGAGGAC